AUGCUGUGGCAAUUACUGGCUGUGCUUCUUUUAGUCUGGUCAGUGUACAGAUGGCGCAAUAGAAGAAAAUAUGCCUUAGGCAAUAAGCUGACCAGGAAGACCAUAUCUCUCCCGUUGAUUGGUCAAGCUUACAUGUUCUUGGGGACUGAUGAGGAUCGUUUCAAUCAGUUUGAAGCAAUUGGGCGUGAAUCAUACGAAAUGGGAGGCAUUAUAUCACAAUGGCAGGGACACUUACUCUAUCUCAUGGUAACAGAACCAGAAAUAAUAGAAGUAAUCCUCAAGACGUGCUUGGAGAAGGAUGACCUUAUGAGGAUGUUCAGAGUUCUGCUAGGAAACGGCAGUAUUUUUGCACCUGUAUCAAUAUGGCGUCCUCGGCGAAAGAUCUUGGCUCCGACGUUCAGCCAGAAGAACCUCAAUUCAUUCGUUGAUGUGUUUGCCCGACAGAGCAAGGUCAUGUCUGAUCAGCUGCAUAUUGCCACACAGAAAGGACCUGUGUCUAUGUGGAAGUACAUCUCUACUUACACCAUGGAUUCUGUUUGUGAGACAACUCUAGGUAUAAAUAUGAACUCCCAGCUGGAACCGGAGCUACCUUUCCUCCAAGCCUUUGAGAAUUGCUGCCGCAUCGAUGCUAAACGUAUUUGCCAACCCUGGCUGUACAACGACACAAUAAACAAAAUCUUCUGCAGAAGCGCCUUUGAUUCAUAUGAUCGCAGCAAGAAGUUAAUUUGGAAGUUCAUGGACAAGAUAAUAACUUCAAAAUGGGCGUUACUAAAGAAAGAGAUCUCAGAAUCAAAUAGUAAAAAGCCGAAAGACAGUUGGAAAACGUUCUUAGAGUUGCUGAUUGAGUCUUCAGCAGAUUACGGUAACCUGGAGCUGAGGGAAGAGACCCUGGUCAUCGUACUGGCUGGGACUGAUACUUCGGCAGUCGGAUCUGGUUUCACCACGCUCUUGCUAGCCAAAUAUCCUGAAGUACAAGAAAAGGUUUAUGAAGAGUUACAAGAGGUGUUUGGUGACUCAGACAGGCCAGUGACUCAUGAGGACCUACCUAGACUGAAGUACUUGGAUGCAGUGAUCAGGGAGAGCCUUCGACUGUACCCACCUGUACCUUUGAUCACUAGGAAAAUUGAGAGAGAUGUCGCCUUGCCGAACGGUGUGACAUUAGUAGAAGGAUGUAGUGUAUUAGUCAGUAUCUGGUCCGUCCAUCGCAACCCUCGCUACUGGGGCGACGACGCGGAGGAGUUUCGACCUGAACGGUUCCUUGACACCACGCUCAAGCAUCCAGCUGCCUUUAUGCCGUUUAGCUAUGGCCCCAGAAGUUGUCUAGGGUAUCUUUACGCUAUGAUGUCAAUGAAGACCGCUAUGGCGACUCUGGUACGUCGGUACAGGAUUCGACCUGGUGAUGGCCAGACGGGCAAAGAGAGAAUACGUGUCAAAUUCGGCAUCAUGUUGAAACCUGUCAACGAAUUUAUUGUCAAACUUGAACCAAGGACUAAGGGAGAGAAAUGA